UUCUCUUUCUCUCUCCUCCUGUCCUCUCUCUCUCUCCCUCUCUCUCUCUCUCUCUCUGCGCGCAGAAAUUCAGAGCCCGAGGAGGAGGAGGAGGAAGAACAGGAAGGUGGUGGAGGGUGGUGUGGAUCGGCGUAUACCCAAUAUUUGAAUUGUGGAAGCUGAGGUCGAUAUACCCCCCUUCCCUCCAAUGUUACCCGCCCUCCUCUUCCUGACGUGGGUCCUCGCGGCGAGCUCCAGCUCCUCCCCCGCCGCCGCCACCGCCGCCAACUACGGCGUCUUCAGCCUCAAGUACCGGUACUCCGGGCAGGUGAAGUCCCUCAGCGUCCUCAAGGCCCACGACACCCAGCGCCAGCUCCGCAUCCUCGCCGGCGUCGAUCUCCCCCUGGGCGGCAUCGGCCGCCCCGAUGCCAUCGGGCUUUAUUAUGCGAAAAUCGGGAUUGGAACCCCUGCGAGGGACUACUAUGUACAAAUCGAUACGGGGAGUGAUCUCAUGUGGGUCAAUUGUAUUCAGUGCAGAGAGUGCCCCAAAAGAAGCUCCCUCGGCAUAGACCUCACGCUGUAUGAUAUAGAGGACUCGGACACUGGUAAACUGGUCUCCUGUGAUAACCCGUUUUGCAUAGAGAUUAGCGGAGGUCCCUUGACAGGUUGCACCGCUAAUAUGUCUUGUCCAUAUAUUGAGAUAUAUGGCGAUGGGAGCUCCACCGCCGGAUACUUUGUAAAGGAUGUGGUACAAUAUGCUCAGGUAUCUGGAGAUCUCCGGACAACAACCGCAAAUGGAAGCGUUAUAUUCGGGUGUGGUGAGAGACAAUCUGGAGAUUUAGGUUCAGAGAAUGAAGAGGCACUUGAUGGGAUCCUUGGUUUUGGAAAAUCAAAUUCAUCAAUGAUUUCACAGCUAGCUUCAUCUGGAGAUGUCAAAAAGAUGUUUGCUCACUGUUUAGAUGGUACAAAUGGCGGUGGUAUCUUCGCGAUCGGACAUGUUGUUCAACCAAAAGUGAAUACAACUCCUAUGGUUCCCGACCAGCCACAUUACAGUGUCAACAUGACUGCAGUUCAAGUCGGUCUUCAGUUCCUAAAUCUUACAACAGAUGUGUUUGAAUUAGGAGACAGAAAGGGCACCAUACUUGACAGUGGUACAACCUUGGCCUACCUUCCAGAAAUUAUCUAUGACCCUUUAGUAAGCCAGAUUGUUGCUCAGCAGCCUGAUUUGAAGGUCCAGACGGUUCGUGAUGAAUACACUUGCUUCCAAUAUUCAGAGAGCGUUGAUGAAGGAUUCCCUAAUGUCACUUUUCAUUUUGAAAAUUCGCUCACUCUGAAUGUAUAUCCUCACGAAUAUCUAUUUCCUUAUGAAGGUUUAUGGUGUAUUGGUUGGCAAAAUAGUGGGAUGCAAUCUAGUGACAGAAGGAACUUGACACUUCUCGGAGAUUUAGUGCUUUCAAAUAAGCUUGUUGUGUAUGAUCUGGAAAACCAGGCCAUUGGAUGGACGGAGUACAACUGCUCGUCAAGCAUUAAGCUGCAAGAUGAACACAGUGGAACGGUACAUUUAGUAGGUUCCCAUUACAUUUCCUCUGAAAGCCCUUCCUGUGAUGUAACGGCGUUGGUUGCCUUCAUUUUACUAAUGACGCUGCUGCAGAUAUUCAUAUACCAAAACAUGUGAGAGUCAAUCAAAUAAAGGUGAAAGUUAACUUAUAGGGAAGAUUGUUAAACUGAUUACACGACUAUGAAGUAGGCACUUUCGACGAUUGGGAGUGAUCAUGGUUUGCCCGAGCAUCCUAGGAUAAUGUAGUGUCACUUUAGGUUGAUAAUUUUUGUUCCAAAAGUGAAAAUCUUAUAUUCCCCAUAGUUAAUGCAUGUAUAGUCUCUCUCUC